CGAUCCGCCCUUGCGCGAGGGCUGCCUUUGCCGGCGAGCCCUGUUCUUUUUUAUACUCUCUCUUGCAGCAGCAGCACCAGACUGGCUCUCUCUCACGAAGAUGCUUUUCAUGACAUGGACUCGUUAAGCACCUGCAGCCAUGUCGGAGAGAUUCAGUCGGCGCUCCAUCGUGCUUGGUCGCAGAGGGUCUUCCUACACAGGUCUGCAAGGGCCGGCCACCCCUUCGCACUUCCCCUCGCACCUCAUAAACGCAGAGCCAUCAAAGCUAAUUGCCGAGAUCAACACUCAAGUGGCCACGUUUCGCGACUUGCUCAUCCACAUAGGCCACCACACCAAGGACGGGCCCGAGAUGAGGGAGCGCAUCCGAAAAUUGCGCCGACAGUGCGUGGAGGCCUUCAAGCACUCGGUCACGGUCAUUCUGCCGCAAAUACGAAGUGAUGUAGCUGAGGGCAUCCCAGUAGAUAAUCAACAUUUUAUACUGCUCUUUAUGUGCACGCAACUUUUUCUUCGCGAACUGAUUAAGUGUAGGAGACUGGUGCAGGUCAUUCCGAUGGAUAUGUCGGGCUACUAUGAAAAUCGACCCGGUCCGUCAAACAUGGGCAAUCUAAUCAGCCAGUUGUUGCUGUGCAAAACGAUCACGCCCGACUUCAACCAGGAGGAGCUGGCAAGCAUCAAGAAGGACUCGGAGGAGAUCAACGGUCUGAUCGCCGACAUGCAAGAAUACAUGCCCCAGCAGCAGCAAGACACUAUUUCUCAAGGCCGUCAAUUAGGUUUAGGAGGAGACGAAGUGGUGAGCAAAUGGAGCAAACGAAGGCGCCGGAGCUCCUUGUACCGCAGUAUGGGUUCGUUUUGCUGCCUGUGCAAACCCAACUACCUGUAGCACCGCAAUACUUUGCGCUUUAAUUAUCACGUUUUACCGCCUGUGUGAGUGUAUGGAUAAUUUUGGACUCUGCCAUUGCGCAAUCCAGCAAGAGCAUCGUCACACACUAUAUUAAUUAACUUGCGGACAGUUCUUACUCUCAUUCUCACACACCAGAGACAUCAACCUGAGACACCAAAAAAGACCUUACUUGUUAAUCGUACUUUAAUUUUAUACAAUCAGAACUAUAACUUUUCUUUUCGCAUUCCGCAAGUUGGAACCAAUCGAAAUUUUGCUGCCCUCAACGUAUGAUGUGAUUGAAACCUCAAUUAUCACAGCUGGCUUUCUUUUCAAGCCUGCGCUGAAUUUCGGAUUUAAAAUUUAGUAAUAUGGAGUGAAGAAGUCGUUUAUGAAAAGGAAAUAAUUAUAUUCUGUAACAAGAGAAACGUAUAAUUAUGUAUUUGUAUACCCGUGGAUCUAAAUAAGAAGAAGCAAUUUCACUAAGAACACCACUGUGGACCAAUAUAGCUGUCUCGCAACUGAGCAAUAUUUGUCGCAUAGCAAUUUAUAAUAAUAUGCAUCAACAGAAAUUAGCUUGAUAAUAUAGAGUACAUACAUGUUAAAAUUACCCAAAGUAUAAUACUAAAGGAGAGAUCUCACCACUUUAUGAAUUUUAAAGCAAUUAUAUAUUAUACACAUACUCCUAUUUCAAUCAACCCAAUUAAUGAAUAUUAGGGACAAGUACGUGGCAAUUCUCAUAAUGAUGAUAAUAAGCAAUCAAUUUAAAAAUCUGAGGUUGAAAAAUCUAUAUAAAAAAGUCUAAAAUUGUUAACGAAUAAAAGCUAUUGUAUAUUCAUAAAAGGAAUCAACCUUAUUCUUAUAUCGAGCUGACAAUGAAGAAAUUAAUAUCAACAUUUCAUGUCUCUUGUCGCAUAAAAGAUGAAAACAGACUGAUGGUUUUGAGAUCAAGAUUUGCAGAGGAAUUUUGGCGGAAAUUAUAACAGAGAGAUCAGCAUCAGACGGAUGUUAUUAUUAAAUACAAAGGUUUGUAAAAAUAAUCAACACACUAUAUAUUUAUACCCUCUUGAUCAAAAAAGGAAAAAUUAUCAAAAUAUACCAAACUGGACGGAGAUUUUUUUAUUUGCACAAAAUAAUUGGUGCCCACUGCCUCGAUUAAAUAUGAAAUCAAGUUGUGGUGGAGCCUCAAAGCGAUCUCAAACACUUCCCGAGUUAAAUAAAUCUAAUUAUGAGCAUAUUUUGCAGUGGGUGUGCAGCGCGUAGCUUGAAGCAGUUGUAAUAAAUUUUAUUGUACUACAAUAAUUCACUGCGCGUAUAUCGAUUUUAGCACUUUUGAUAAAAGCAUCACGGACGCGGCCAGAUUUUAUCGAUUCGGUUCGGAGCACCCAGCAAAUAAUGUAAUAUCGUAUGUACGCCAGCAGCUGCAAAACUAAGAACAAUAAAAAAUAAUCAUAAUGUGGUAACUCUAUAUUACAAGAAGUGAGUGUUGUUUAAAGAAGAGAGCCUUGCCACGCCGAUACCUGUGUGAGAAACGAGUCAUUCUGUUAAAGAGCUCUUUAGAACUUGAAACUCUUUUAACUGCAUUGUUUCAAAUGUUUAUGACAAGUCCUAAUUACUCUGUGAAUUUAGCUCUAUUUAAUGACUAUCUUGGUUUUAAUUUUUCCCAUCAGAUUUCUAAAAUUAAUUUUUUCUUUUUUUAUUCAGAAUUUCAAUCUCUCGAAGAGAAAAAAUUAAAUGCUUACGGUAAAAACAUCUUAUUGUUAGCACUUAGCACGUUGAAUUUUUAAUCAACAUCAUUUAAGUCUGAUCAACAAAAGAUUAAUUUAGAUUUCAAAACCCUAUAAAUUUAAUUUUUAUCAUUGGUGAAUUAAAAGCAACUAAUAGAAGUUCAUUAAAAAAAUUCUUGGGAUAUGAUAUUUACGAAAUUAAAAAUGCGUGCUUCAAAAAAUUAGCAUUUGAAUUGACAAUAAAUCAAAAUUUCCUGUUUGUUACGUCGAAGCUCACGGCCCUUUCCAAUGGUGUGACGCUAUAGAAAAACGUACAUCUGCAUGUUAAAUAUUAAAUUGUUUGAUUAAUUUGCGUGAUUAAAUCUAUGUAGCUAUUAUUUUUUUCUUCAAUUAAUCGAAUUCAAGCGUUUAAAAAAAUAUCUGGACUAUGCACCAUUUUUUUAUCUUGUAUUAAUAAUAUUAACGCAGAUAAAUCACCAAUGCACUUACAAAAUCUAAAUUGUUCUUCACAAAAUACACACAUCUUUGCUACAAUAAAAACAUACUAAAAUGGUCCGACCCUGCUCAAAAACAAAUAUAUAAACAAUGUGCUAUCGAAAACAUAUAACUUCUUCUCACAACUCACAAUCAAUCCAUUUUCUAUCUAGAACAGAUUACAAAGUCCAAAAAUGUAUACCUUGUACCAUUUGAAAACAAAUUUUAUUACAAGACGAAAAAAAAUUAUAGGAAUUAUAGGUAAACUCCUUCAGAGAUAUGCCAAAUUUUACCAAGAAAAUAUAUUCCUGCAGAAAAUAAAUCUUUAAAAAAAGACUCCCUUUCUUACGUAAAAAAAUAUCUGUGCGUUUUUCUCGUUAUUAUACUGUGAGAGAAAAAUAACGUGUUCUUCCGCAAUCAGUGUUUGUUAUAAAACGGAAUAAAUUAUUAGGACCCUUGUUAUGAUUGUAGAGCAAAAUUAGCAAUGAAAUUAACUAUAACUAUCGCAAUAGGCACAAGAUUUUCAGGAGUGUUUUAGCUGAGACGUACCAUAUAGGCGCACAACGCAUGAUUUACACACUACUCCGCUAAUGGAUUUGAUAUUAAAUUGUAUUUCUGUACGAUCUCGCGGCAGGCAACGUUUCUCACGCCAUAAUCGCUUACAAAACAUGCAGUGUAUAUAUUUAUGAAAUAUUAAUUAUGUACAGAGAGAGAGAGAAGUGCUUCAUAAUCAAGAGAGCGACGCUCACAGAGUUCAAUUAAUAAAAAGUGCUGCGCCCGUGUUCAGAAAAAAGCAGCGCGCGUGAAUGAUUGAUAAAAAAAAAAGCUGCAAGAAUCAUGGGAACUUAGAAAUUUUACAUUUUUUAAACUCUCUCUAGUCUCCCUUUAUACAAAAAACCAAACGAGUGAUUUUAUAUUCUUUGAAUUUAUUUGUUAUGCGUUUACUGUUUAAUCGUUUGAUAAGAAAUUGCCCGCUUAUUGAUUUGUGAAGUUUGUGAGAAAUUAAAGAAAAUAAACUGAGAAAACCAAGAGAACAUAUUACUACACUAAGCAAUUACGAAAAUAAAUAAAUUAAUUAGUUAUAAGCAAACGACUCAAGUAUGAUUUACUACCGAUUUUUUUCUGAUUCCCGUGUUGUUUAUUGCUUCUCCCAUUUUCCCU